GCAUGGACAAAAGUCAUUUAACCUCAAAAAGAAUAAACAUGUCGGAAGAAAAGCACGUGGAUCUCGAAGAAAGUAAAGCUGAAAUAAAAGAAGAGAUAAAACCAUCUAAAAGUGGGUCGGUUUUAUUUCCAAAUGAAAAUAAGUACUCUCACAUAAAAAAUAAAUUGGUUAGAAGUCAACAAUAUCAAAAGGCGAAGAAAGAACAAAAAAAGGCAAAGAAAUUGGCCAAGAAGCAAACUAAGUUGGAAGGUGGACCCAAGAAAGUGCCACAUACUCUCGAGAGUUUACGGAUAAAAGAUGAAACAACCGUCAAUGACAUUAAUACCGAAGAAAAUGAACUGGUUAAAAACGACUUAGAUAAUGACGAAUUUAGUGAAUAUUAUCAACAGUCGUACGAACCGAAAAUUCUUAUAACUUACGCUGACAAUCCUAUGAGGAAAACGAGGAUAUUUGGAAGAGAACUCACCAGGAUUAUCCCGAACUCGGUUUCUCUAUACCGGAAUAGAUCAGGUGUUAAAAAAAUUGUGAAAAGCGCGAUAAAGAAAGAUUUUACUGAUAUUUUAAUUAUUAACGAAAAUAGAAAAGAACCUGAUGGAUUACUAGUGAUUCACCUACCUGAUGGUCCAACAGCUCAUUUUAAAAUCAGUAACGUUAAAAUUACAACAGAGUUGCGUAAGAACCAUAAGGAUAUUAAUGAACACCGGCCUGAAGUAGUUUUAAAUAAUUUCUCGACAAGGUUGGGUUUAACAGUUGGUCGGAUGUUAGGAGCGCUUUUCCAUUAUAGUCCAGAAUUUGUAGGAAGAAGAACUGUAACUUUCCAUAAUCAGAGGGACUACAUUUUUUUCAGACAUUAUAGGUAUUGCUUUGAUGAAGAGGGUAAAAAAGCCAAACUGAAAGAGUUAGGGCCAAGGUUUACAUUGAAAUUACGAUCUCUUCAGAAGGGUACAUUUGAUAGUAAAUAUGGUCAAUAUGAAUGGAUCAUAGAUGGUAGAAGACAUGCAGUGGAAACAAGCAGGAGAAAGUUCAAUUUGUAAUUUUUCAAGAAAUAAAUAUUUGUAUUAA